AUGCAGCAAAUCGAGUCCCUGGCAUUGGAAAGCUACAUUCACAACUCCCCCAACAUUGACCACCUCCUCUCCCUCUCCAAACUAAAUAUCCACCGUGCAAUCACCGAGAAUACACGCUCGAUUGGCAUGACAAUGGAGUGGAUGCAACGUGAUGAUGCUAUCUCCAUUUUCAACGCCCCAAUACCUGGAUUCUCGCUUUCUUUAAUACCCCCGAGUCUUCGACCAACAGAAUGCCAACGGCGCAUUCCUCAUCACCCCUGGCUGGAUUUCUUUCCCUUUCACAAUAUGCGUGACAAUCUUAUAGCCGUCCAAGACAUUAUUGAUGAUGAUGAUUUGUGUCAUGAUUUGAUGGCGUUCUGGGAUACGAGAAAUACCGGGGCUACUUUGCUGGUGUGGGGUCCUUCUUGGGAGCCGGAAAGCUGGGAAGUCACGCCGGCCUUUCUACUGAAGUGGGGAUUUCUGCUCAAAGGUUGUGAAGAGCUAGUGAUGAAUACUAAUCGUUGGAGAGCGAAGAGAGGCGAGAAGCCUCUUGAUUGGAAAACAACAUUAGCUUUGAUAUACCGAUCGCCUAAUGAAUAG